AGUCCGAGUAACAUAGCUGAUUACUAUAUUUAUAUAUACAUAAAAAAUUAACGUGUUUUAUAUUUUAACUAAUUUUUUUUUGAAAAGGUUAACUAAAGAAUAUCUAAACCAUUUAUCUAUUAACCUAACGCUAAAAAAUUUUGUUUAGUGAACAUCUUUUUUUGUUUACCUGAAAUCCCAGUGUGAACAUCUUUUGAAAAAUGAAACAUAGGGGAAAGCAAAUGAAACAAAAUGUUAUGACAACAUUACUCAAAUCCCAUUAAUUAAAUCCAAUAAUAACUCAUUUUGAGAUUACCCAAAUCCUAUUAAUCAAAUCCAGUAAUAACUCAUUUUGUCCUAUAAAUAAGUUAGAUAAUAACAUCAGUGUCAUUAAACCUGAGAAAACCCCCCAAAAACACUGGUUUGCUUUCUCUCAAAAAACAUGUCUCAAGGUCCCUCUUUUGCUACUCGUACAUCUGAGUCGAUUCUUGAUCCUAGAGUUGAUGAAGUCGACGAAAAAAUAGAAGAAGAAGAAGAGGAGGAGGAGGAGGAGGAGGAGGCAGAGGAGUUGGUGAAUGAUAUAUCUGCGUCGAUUCUUGAUAAUAGAGAUGAUGCUAUCAAUGAAGAAAUAGAAGAUGGUGAAGAAGAGGAUGAGGAGGCGGGGGAGUUUGCGAAUAAUAUACCUGAGUUGAUUCUUGAUCAUAGAGUUGAUGAAGUCGACGAAAAAAUAGAAGAAGAAGAAGAGGAGGAGGAGGAGGAGGAGGAGGAGGCAGAGGAGUUGGUGAAUGAUAUAUCUGCGUCGAUUCUUGAUAAUAGAGUUGAUGCUAUCAAUGAAGAAAUAGAAGAAGGUGAAGAAGAGGAUGAGGAGGCGGAGGAGUUUGCGAAUAAUAUACCUGAGUUGAUUCUUGAUCAUAGAGUUGAUGAAAUCGAUGAAGAAAUGGAAGAAGAGGAAGAAGAGGAGGAGGAGGCGGAGGCGGAGGAAGAAGAAGAGGUUGCGAAUGACAUAUCUGAGCCGAUUCUUGAUGAUGCUCUUGAUGAAAUUGAUGAAGAAAUUAUUGAAGAAGAAGAGGAGGAAGAAGAGUUUGCUAGUGACAUAACUGAGAGAAUUUUUAGUAUGAUACAAGAAGUGGAGGUGGCACAGGAGUUUGUGAAUAAUAUAUCUGAGUCAAUUUUUGGUAUUAGCCUUGAUAAUGAAGUUGUUGUAGAAUUUAUAGAAGAAGAGGAGGAGGAAGAGGAAGAGGAGUUUGAGAUUGACUUAUCUGAGAGGAUUCUUAGAAUUAUACAAGAAGUAGAGGUGGCACGGGAGUUUGCGAAUAAUAUAUCUGAGUCGAUUUUUGGUAAUAGUCUUGAUGAUGAAAUUGUUGAAGAAAUUAUAGAAGAAGAGGACGAGGAGGAAGAAGAAGAGGAGUUUGAGGCUGAAAUAUCUGAGAAUCUAGAAAUAAGAACAUAUUAUGCUCCUGUUGCUCUAAAUAUAGAUGUUAAUGAAGGUGAUGCUGCUCUUGAGGAACAAGAAGCAUGUGCUAUCUGCUUAUUUGAAUAUCAAGAUGAAGAUAUCAUUGGCACACUCCAAUGUGGCCAUGAAUUUCAUGGAGAUUGCAUCAUCAAGUGGUUGCAGAGGAAGAAAGCGUGUCCCAUUUGCAGAGCUCACUCCGGUUUUGCUCACACAUGACUCCUACAGUAUUCUUAAUCUUGUGAAUUCAAUGACAGUAGUAUUGUUAUUUUCUUUUUGUAGGGGUCAUCUUAGUGAUGAGCUAUCAUCUUUUUAGUCUUUCCUUUUCAAGAUCUCAUGUAUGUAUUUGCUUGAGUACAUUUAUUUGGCUGAUGAGCAUUCUAAAGAAACUGAGUUAGAAAAGAUUAGCCUGCAUUGUACGUUCGAUAUGUGAUACUCAUCUAGAUGAUUUUGUUGGCAAAAGAACUGAUCUUUGAUGAUGAGUUUUGUUUAUUGGCUUGAAGAGGUGACAUUUAUUGUCUUAUGAAUCUAUGAUCUUGGUUGAUUACUUUCCAAGGGCAGCUCGGUGCACUAAGCUCCCGCUAUACGCGGGGUCCGGGGAAGG